AUGCAAAAUAUAAACAGGAAGUUGGAGAUGGAGACGAACAAAGUAGCAAUGAAAGAGGGUGAGAAUAAAACAUCUGCUAAUGAAAAACUCAGUGAUGAAACUCCAGGAGAAGCGUCUUCACAAAUGUCGAACCAGGAGUCGGACGGUAAACCGUCGUCCGGAAAGUCUCAGUUCAACCGUUUAAAGUUGUUCGAUAAAGUGAUGCAGACGAGCCUGAACAAAUACAUCGAGCAUGCCAGCUUCAACAGAUUCGUCAGCAUAUUUCGCCCGCUGUACAAGAAGAACCCACAGAGGAUGGAGAGCAUUCACAAGCAGUUCAUAGAGGAGUUGAAGAAGACUAUACAGGAGGACAUCAACAGACUGAUUGAAGAAGGACGAUUAGAGUUUAAACUGAAUGAGCUGGACAAACUGGAGAGAGCCGCCAAGAACAAUGCAGACCCUGCAUGGCGGCCAAGUGGGGUUCCUGAGCAGGACUUUUGCAGCUUUUUGAUGCCAUACUAUCAGAAGCAGGAGGCCUACAUGCGGCUGGAACUGAAAAAGAUUCAACAAGAGAAUGCUGCCUUGGCCCAGAAGGUUCAGGGUGGUAGAGAGAGGAUAGCUCAGACUGAACAUCUUAUUUCUACAGCUGUUGACGAGUGGAAGAGCACAGCGUCAGAGUUCCAAAGGCUGACAUCUUCUCUUUGCCCUGCUGAUGUCUUUGAUGCGUGAUCUUCAGUCUUUCUCGACGUGUCCACUAACUUAACUGUACAUAUACAUUUUAUUUGUUUACUCUUCCUGUCUGUCUUAAAAUAAACGCGAAAUGUUGGAACUCAAA